AUCAUGAGUGAGUUCUACCACAUCAUCAAUGUUUUCAAACACAGAGACCCGUACAACGCUCUAUGCCCCUACCCCAUAACCGAGACCUACAAUAUUUACUGCGACCUGACGAAUGCUAACCAGGAUCCCCAAGAUGAUGACGGAUGGGAGUUAAAAGACAUGGCGGAAUGGAACUUUGAUGAAUCCGUCGCGUGGAUCUACCACUGCGCUGCUACACGCGAAUUCAGCGUAUUCGAUAUUCCAUUGCACAAUUUUAGGCUUCCAGGCGUUGACUUGAGGAACAAAAGGUGCAAAGACAUUGUCAACCUCAUGGUGAAGCCUAACGUAGAUUUCGAAGUGUCAAGAAGGAUAGCCCACACAAUCUUUGACAUGCUGCAGUGCCGUCUUGAAGUGGAGCGAGCAAGGUCGCGACUUCCGGACGGUAGCUGUAUUCCUCAUGUGCGUGAUCCGAUGAGCGCUCCUGAAUGGAGCGAGGAUGCUAAUCGUAUUGAAGCUGACCCCACUUGGUCAAACGAUAGCGAUGAAAGCCUGUCUGCAGACGAGGUUCGUAGCAUGGAACCAGCAAGGAGGCCUCGAGGCCGGCCGAAAGGAUCCGUCAAGAGAGACCGACAGACAGGAAGUGUUUCCGUGCCAGAGUUCCUGAGAGAUCUUUUGUUCAAAGUCGAAUUUUCCGAAUAUAUUGAAUGGGUGGAUAUUUCGAUAGGAAAGUUCAAGUUCGUCAACCCGGAUAAAGUGGCGAAGCUUUGGGGGGAAAAGAAGCAGAACAAGCAUAUGAACUUCCCGAAGUUUAGUCGAGCGAUGCGCUACCACUACCUAAACGACGUCCUGGCGCGCUGCAGUGAACGCCUGGUCUACCGGUUCGGGUCCAACGCGCCAGACUAUAAGACUAAUAAUCCUUACCUUUUAAACGCUACACCGAAAUUUAUCGGCCCAUGA